GGCAGCCUCAGGCUGCUAACAUGUAUCUAAUAUCCUUCCCCUCUUCUUCUGACUAUAAUUGAAACCACAGCAUUGCUGGACCAUCGCCAUGCGUCCUGGAAGACCCACUAAUUAUGACCCAGAAAGACUCAUUACCAGCUUCAUAACAUGAAGAAACAAGAUAUUGAGUCAACGGAUUAGGGCUAGGGCUGCAGAGAGAACCAAUAAGCAACCCGUGACUGAUCUCAUGCUCGGAUUUGGUGAGUCAAUCUUUGACGCUAGUCCCGAUCAAGCUACUCUGUCGCCGCGCCCGCGCCCCCCGUCGGACGCGACCGGUAUCUCUUAUCUGGCACUCCCCAUCCAUCCCUCUCCCUGCUCAGAGUCUCUUUAAUCUCCGAUCUAUUGGUCUAUAUAGACGUCUGGGAUACAAGCGGACACCCGCUGCGACUGCAUUUCCUUAGGUUUUGAUUUCAUUCUACCUCGCCGAGCGAAGUAUUGCCUAGUAGCAACCCGUCUCGCCCGCAAUGGCCAUCCACCCGAGUUUGCGCUCCGAAGAACCCUCCAAUGGAGGUCUAUCGCCCCAUCAAACCCGUGCGAUUUCCGCAUGGUCGGAACAGGCUGCGAUGUCUCUGGAGAAUCUGACAUUGUCUGAAUCUCGUCCGACGGACGACCUGGCAUCGCAGGCGACACCCACCCGCUCGGCUUUGCGCGGAGCCACGGUGUCGCUGUCGAUCCCUUUGGAUGACCCAGUCCCCCACACCGAAGACCGUUCUGCCCCUGCGACUAAGCUCCCGACAGUCAGUUUCCGGCGCCGUGAGCCACUUCGCCGCGACAAUCUGAAACGGCGAGAGGCUUUGCUGAAGGGGAAAGACGGAAGCCGGCGCAGGCAGCGUUGGGAGAAUGAUCGACUUCUGCAUAACCCGUGGGCAGAGCCGCCAUCCCCCAAUGAUUGGACUGUCCAGCCGACCUACACUCGUCAUGACCCGAUGCCCUACUAUCUCGCUCCUCUUUGGGAUGUCCACUAUGCACAUGUGGAUCAUCACACAGCAAGCGACACAAAGGAUGGGAAGCACCACAUCCCGAGGGAAUUGCGCCUGAGACUGAAGCGUGCCCGUGCGGCGCGUGGAAUGCUCCAGGACCUCGAGGAGGAUAUCCGACAGUUCAUCCAGAAGUGGAGCGAGAAGCAAGCCCUCCUUCAAAGCGAGGGCCUAGCAGACGCGCCGCAGUGGUCAGACGAGGAGUCGGAAGACGAGGUUGUCUUCGUGGGCAGGAACGGACAGAUGCACGAUUCGCCUGCGCGCAAGGACAAACUCCAUCAGAUCCGCGAAGCCAUGACUUCCCACAACGAGCGCGAUGGGGAGAAGAUGGUGCUCGAAAGCGACCUAGACGAUCGUGCCGCGGGAUUCGGUCGUUGGCUUGUGCACUCCAUCGCAUCCUACUACGGGUUGCACACAUGGUCAGUCACGGUGGGCAAACCCGCGCGCCGCGAAGCGUACGUGGGAUUCUACCCGCCUGCUCCGGGAAGCCGGCCGGGACUCAUCUCGCCGCCAGGACACUCGACGAGCUGCCGCCAGGAGGCCGUGAUCCAACCGGGUGGGGAGCUUCCGCGGCCUCUGUGGGCACAAGUGUAAACAUAGACUUGAUUUGCGU